AUGUAUGGAGAACCAGAAAUUCUUUCACUUAUCACCAAUGUAAGCAAAGGUGAAAAAUUGGAAUGUGACAUCAGCUGUCCUAUCGAUUUUAUGUACUCACACAAAUCUGUUACAUCUCCAUUGUUGUUCAUGCAAUGUUAUAGUGAUAUUAUGGAUGUACAACAAAUUGCGCAUGUUUUUCAGGUAUCGUUGGGAGGAAACGCACCGAAAGGUACACCUGUGAACUACAAGGUUCUAAAGGAGCAAAGGAAGAAGCAGAAGAGUGACGAGAUAAAGAAGGCCAAGGAAAUGAGAUCUUUACUUCAAGUCACGAAGAAGAAGCACAAAAAAUAG